CGAGGGAGAAGAAAGGACCAAGGGAGAGAAGCUGACGGGCGGGGACUGGAGAAGGUCCGGGGGGUGGCGAGGGAAGACCCUGAGAAGACUCACCGGGCGGAGAGCGAGUGCGAUCCGGGAGGAAGCUGAGCCCGACGGCCAGGUGGUGCGGAGGAGGUCCGAGGCAGACAGGAGAAGGAAGCCGGAGAAGUGAGGCGGCCGGCCGGAGCGCGGAGCGCGAACUGGGAAAACGGGAGACCGGACCGCUGCCGAGGGGCAGAACUGCUCCCGGACCAGAGGCCCGUGAGGAGGAGCGUUGAGGCAGUGGGGAUGGGGGACAAAGCCUGAGGGAAGAGAUGCUCGGGUUAGAGGAGCGGCCGGGAAUCAGUACCGGCUUGGAGACCCUGAGAAGCUGGGAGCGAGUGGCAGCAGCGGAGCUGGGGAUCGGAGGCCUCCUGUAAGAACAGUAACAUAUUCCUGUGGCUCAUCAUCAUGCCUUCUGACCUGGCUAAGAAGAAGGCAGCUAAAAAGAAGGAAGCUGCCAAAGCACGACAGCGCCCCAGAAAGGGACAUGAGGAAGACGGAGAUGCUGUCACAGAACCACAGGUGGCAGAGGAGAAAAAUGAGGCCAAUGGCCAAGAGACCACAGAAGUGGAUUUGCUGACCAAGGAGCUAGAGGACUUUGAGAUGAAGAAAGCUGCUGCUCGAGCUGUCACUGGUGUCCUCGCCUCUCACCCCAACAGUACUGACGCCCACAUUAUUAACCUCUCCCUCACCUUUCACGGUCAAGAGCUGCUUAGUGACACCAAACUGGAAUUAAACUCAGGCCGUCGUUAUGGCCUCAUUGGCUUAAAUGGAAUUGGAAAGUCUAUGCUGCUGUCUGCCAUCGGGAAACGAGAGGUGCCUAUUCCUGAGCACAUCGACAUCUACCAUUUGACUCGGGAGAUGCCUCCUAGUGACAAGACCCCCUUGCAGUGUGUGAUGGAAGUUGACACAGAGCGGGCCAUGCUGGAGAAGGAAGCAGAGCGGCUGGCUCACGAGGAUGCGGAGUGUGAGAAGCUCAUGGAGCUCUAUGAGCGACUGGAGGAGCUGGAUGCCGACAAAGCAGAGAUGCGGGCUUCACGGAUCUUGCACGGACUGGGCUUCACACCGGCCAUGCAGCGCAAGAAGCUAAAAGACUUCAGUGGGGGUUGGAGGAUGAGGGUUGCCCUUGCCAGAGCCCUCUUCAUUCGGCCCUUCAUGCUGCUCCUGGACGAGCCCACCAACCACCUGGACCUUGACGCUUGUGUGUGGUUAGAAGAGGAACUGAAGACUUUUAAGCGCAUCCUGGUCCUCGUCUCACAUUCCCAGGACUUCCUGAAUGGUGUCUGUACCAACAUCAUUCACAUGCACAACAGGAAAUUGAAGUACUAUACGGGUAAUUAUGAUCAGUAUGUGAAGACACGGCUGGAGCUGGAGGAGAACCAGAUGAAGAGGUUUCACUGGGAGCAAGAUCAGAUCGCACACAUGAAGAACUACAUUGCUAGGUUUGGUCACGGCAGCGCCAAGCUGGCCCGGCAAGCCCAGAGCAAGGAGAAGACGCUACAGAAAAUGAUGGCAUCGGGGCUGACAGAGAGGGUCGUGAGUGACAAGACACUUUCAUUUUAUUUCCCGCCAUGUGGCAAGAUCCCUCCACCUGUCAUUAUGGUACAAAAUGUGAGCUUCAAGUAUACAAAAGAUGGGCCUUGCAUCUACAACAAUCUAGAAUUUGGUAUUGAUCUUGACACACGAGUGGCUCUGGUGGGGCCCAAUGGAGCAGGGAAGUCAACUCUUUUGAAGCUGCUAACUGGAGAGCUGCUGCCCACAGACGGGAUGAUUCGAAAACACUCUCAUGUCAAGAUAGGGCGUUACCAUCAGCAUUUACAAGAGCAGCUGGACCUAGAUCUCUCGCCUUUGGAGUACAUGAUGAAGUGCUAUCCAGAGAUAAAGGAGAAGGAGGAAAUGAGGAAGAUCAUUGGGCGAUAUGGUCUUACCGGGAAGCAGCAGGUGAGUCCAAUCCGGAACCUGUCUGAUGGGCAGAAGUGUCGCGUGUGUCUGGCCUGGCUGGCCUGGCAGAACCCCCACAUGCUCUUCCUGGACGAGCCCACUAAUCACCUGGAUAUUGAGACCAUCGAUGCCCUAGCAGAUGCCAUCAAUGAGUUUGAGGGUGGUAUGAUGCUGGUCAGCCAUGAUUUCAGACUCAUUCAGCAGGUUGCACAAGAAAUCUGGGUCUGUGAGAAGCAGACAAUCACCAAAUGGCCUGGAGAUAUCCUGGCUUACAAGGAGCACCUCAAGUCCAAGCUGGUGGGCGAGGAGCCCCAGCUCACCAGGAGGACCCACAACGUGUGAGCCCUGACCUGGGCCGGGCCAGGCCCCUGGGGCCACACUCCUGCAUUGAUGCAAUACCACUCCCCAGCCCCUCCCUGACCCCACCUGCCUUAGCUGCCCUCUGUGAUCUUACCCACAGCUGGACAGUACCUGUCUCUUCCUGUCCUUCCAGUUACUUAUGUCCAUGUCUGGACUCGGCUGGCUGUUCCGGCCAGCCCCUUGCUGGUUACUGACCCCAACCGUGAUGCAGCCAGAGGUACCUGAGGGUUAGCCCAAGGACCCAUGCCCUGGGCUGGCCCGUGAAAGCUUAGGAUCCUCGUUUUCUGGGUUUUGGUGAUGUUGGAGGAAUACCCCCCAGCCCACCACCCCCAUUCCUUUCUGCUUCUGGUUUGGAGCUCUGAACUAGGGCCUCAGUCUUGGUCAGUUUUUAAAUAAUUAUUUAACAGUGUAACUUUUAGACUUACGUGACAUCUACAAAGUGUCCAAUAAAGAAAGAAGCAGCCACGGUCCCUACAUUCAUUCUCAGGCCUCCGGGCCCUUCACCCCCUUCCACCCUGUAGUGCCAGUAGUCCCUUCCCCUCAGCAAGAGCUGGGCCGGAGUCAGGGAGAUGGAUGUGGACAGAAGGCCAGUCUCAGGACCUGAAAGGACUCCUCUCCCUUUCUGCUGAUUAGAAAUUGUGCCUUUUCUUAGGCCAGUGCAUCAGAAUCACCCGGAAGAAUCAAUAGAUCAGAUCACUGGGUCUUGCCUCAGAGUUUCUGGUUCAGUAGGUUUGGGGUGAGACCAGGAAUUAAAAUGUCUUAACAAGUUCCCAGGCGAAGAUACUGCUGGUAUGGGGGCCACACUUUGAGAACCACUGUCCUGGAGCAUGUUUUUCAUAGUGGUCUGAGGCUUUCCCUCCAGACCUAUACCACAGCACUUGGGGGUGCCUAUUAAAAAUGCAGACUUCCAGG